GCUGAUGAGGCAAACAGCUAGCAUUCUGGAUAAAGCACAGGGAAACAAGGAACUCCUCUGGACUCGACUCGCUAGUUGUACUAGCUGUAGGCGGUCGACAUAAGAGAUGAGGCCCAGGUUCUAGCAAUUCUACAUAAAAAAAUCGACAAGCUACAUAAAAGAAUUAUGCGAGACUUAUACAGAGUGUGCAUUUAUAGUGAACAUACAACAAAUGUGAAGGAGUACUGCGUUGCAAAGUGAGCUUGUACAAACGAUGCGUAGAGAAACCCAGCAGUUGAAUAAGGCUCUGAGCGUGGAGAGCAUAGCAUACAGCCAUGGGCUGUUCUGUGCCAGUCACCCAGGACCUGUCAUCCUAGUGGUAGUCAUGGUGAUCAUAUUGUGCAGUCUCCCGUUUUUUGUGACAACUUCCGGUGAUUUGAAUUCACCCAAAACAUGGAAGACACAGUGGUUGAAUUACCGUUCACCUGUAACCAUGGCGACCGGGGCACCACAGUGGAUAAUAAACGAUCCUACAAAGUUUUCGGCAAGAACACCUUCAUGGUUUGUGGGUGUCCCUUUGGCUGUGAUCCAACAAAUUUAUGUGAGGCUAAAACUGGACUGCAGUGUGGAGACUGAGCUGUGUCACAGGUCCCAGUACAGCCAAACCAGGAUAACAGCCUCACACCUCACAUCCAAGAUGGAGGACACAAUCGAAAUAUGUCGUCCAGUGCUCCACCCUGCUGCCCUGGACCUCUCCCAUACCCUCACAACCCCACCCACUCAGCCCCCCCACAUCUCACAAAGUGGCAUCCUCUCUCCCAGUCUGGACUUACUCAGCAACAAGUGGGACAAGAAUCACAACAGCACACUCGGAUACCACUCCCUUAAAGAGCUAUUGUAUGGUGGAUAUUGGGAACAGGAGCACCAGCUGUCCAGAAAAGGUGGUGCGGUCGGUGGGAAUGACCAACAACAAUUGUUUGCACUGACCUUUGUGCUCAAACCCAGUUGGGAUGGGUUUAACAACCUCACCAAGUGCUUGGAUGCUCUACAAUCGAAGUGGCCAAGAGUGACAGAGCCACAAGAGGAUGUAAUACAACACUUCUACUUUGAACCUGAGUGGCGACUGAGGGACUUUGCCCCGCUGAUUGCAGUUUACACCAUUGUCUUUCUUUACAUUUCAUUUUCUGUUGGCAAGAUUGACCUUGUAAAGUCCAAGAUUGGUCUGGGUAUCACUGCUUGCCUGACGGUGGUGGCAUCUCUUACCAUGUCUCUAGGCAUCUGUACGUUCUUUGGAGUCAGCAUCACCCUCAGUGGCAGUGAGAUCUACCCAUACGUUGUCAUCAUCAUUGGUCUAGAGAACAUCCUUAUCAUUGUCAAGGCUGUCAUUUCCACUCCAGAGGAACUAGAGGUGAAGUAUCGUAUCGCCGUCGGUCUGAGCAAGGAGGGCUGGGCCAUCUUGCAGAACCUGCUCACCCUGUUGUGUAUCAUGACCCUCUCUAUGCUGGUCUUCAACUAUACCAUGAGGGAGUUCUGUGUAAUUGCACUGGUAGGAGUGCUUUGUGACUCCUUUCUACAACUGAUUUUCUUUACUACCGUGCUCUCUAUUGAUCUCAGAAGACUUGAGUUGAGUGAUCUCAACUCUCAGCCCCUUCCUGACCCCCGGUCCGCUCAGGAGAGCCCUGGGGGCAGGGGACCGUGUCCAUGUCCGUCAUCCUUUACUAUGGCCUCAUCCAAGAAACUGCGCUCCAAGAGAAUCAAGUUCUUCUACUUUUUGGCACGUGUGAGACCUGUCUCUAGAUUGCUAAUGGUUGCUCUGUCAGUGGUAUUGGUGGCAUGGUUCACCAAUACAGAAACCUUUCACAACAUGCUGACUGGGCUCAAGGAGACUGCAGCCCCCACCUCUCAGCCUGAAAUGUCUGCAAUGGACCACCUCAACCUCCCUCAUCUACAGCAAGUGCUGUCAGUACACGUAGGAGAUGAAUUGAAUGAGCUGCCUUCUAGAGAACCAAUUAACCAAGACCAAACAUUGGAAACUGAGGGGAAGUCGAAGUCUGACUUUCAAUCUGGCUCACAUUUUGUCGACAGCAUUAUGCAGCUCAAUGAUAGUGACGUUUUUGUGAGGCGUGUGAGGAGUGAAGGUGUUAGUGGUGUAAUGGGAAUGUGGAGGAAGAUGAUCACCAUACACUGGCCACGCCUACUCCAGUAUGCUGGUUUCUGCACUGAAGGAAGGUUCUUAACCUUGCUCCCGCCCAUCUCCCUCUCGUUGCGCCUUGGGUCCUCCCCACCACCCUCGUCUUCACAAACUCCCACUCCCACAUUACCACACAUCCUCGUGCACCCCUACAUGCUACGUGGGAUCUUCAUUAUCAUCCUGAGCACCAGUGCCACAGCAUAUAUUGCCUUUCUAAUCCGGAGCUCCAGGCAACGUCAUCACAUGUCUAUCAAGAGUGUGAGAAUGAGGAAACACUCGUCCAGGGUAGCCUGCCUCAAAGGACACACACAAGACAUAGACUGUAUGUGUGUUGAUGGCGAUAUGGUGGUGAGUGUGAGUCUUGAUGGUGACAUCCGAGUAUGGGACAGCCAACCAAGAGGAAGGCGCUGUCUUAGAACGAUUGUCCGAAGUGAGCUUUGUGGUGAGCCACCCCUUCACUUAGUUGCCACAGAUACAAGUAAUCGGCCAGCUGCUGACGGUUGUGAAGACAACUCUGACUACACACCAUCCACUACCCCGCUGUUUAAAAGCAAUACCACUAUAGGAUCUAGCUGUAAUCUACCCUCUACUAUUCACACUUCUUCCCUUCUUCACAAUAUUUCUGCCCCCACUUCCAUUCUUCCCAAUGCUGCAAAUUUCCCAUAUUUAUCACACACCUUGUCCCGAUCACAUACUUCUUCAGUCAUACACCACUCAGAUUCUCCUCUUCCUGUAGGAUCCACUCCACCAGUUAGUAUGAAUAAUUUUCCUCACCUUGUAAAUUAUACUCCCCAAGUUCAGUACAAUUCUUCUGUGAGUGGUAGUUCAAAUUCUGUUCAAGUCGUUUCAGCGACCAGGGUGACACCUACACCGCAUCAAACUUAUACAACAUGUCCGGUUCUUCAGCCAACUAAUAAUUAUGCUGGAACACAGCCCUACACCACAGCUCAAGGCCAGUCUGUUGGAAUUCCACGUCAUACGUCGGCAUAUGCAGCUGUUCAACCUCAAUAUGUCAACGAACAAAUACCGGCUAGCGGAGUUCAAGCUUACACUCAAACGUAUCCUACUCCCUACACUACUCCACAAAACACUUCGUAUCCUCGACAUACUACUUCUUCUUCUGCUAGCACAAGGGAUACUAGAACACAUUCGCGUGCCCUAUCACAUGGUCAACUGAGCUUUAAUAGGCAGGCAAGUACUUCCGGUCGAACAAGUUUGCCUCACAUCUCUUUAGAAGUGUCUCCUCCUGACAACAUUGGAACCAGUCCGCAUAGUAUUCCAACAAUAUCCCGAUCAGAUAGUCCAAUUGUUGGCAGUCAGGGCUAUGGAUUUCGGCGAAAUUCUUUUCAAGGUGGUGUGAAUGUUCAGAGGUCUUUGUCAGUCAAUUCUGGACUUAGCUCAAGCUCUACUAAACAAAUAGAUCAAUUGGUCCGUAGUUCUCAUUCAAAUCGCUACCUCUCAUCCGAUCUCUCAUCCACAUGUGCUUCAUUGUCUAUCUCAGGUACUGUUGUGCACUCUACAUGUAGCCCUACAAACCAUGCUGCAACUUAUCAGCGAAACUUCUCCUCAAGUCCUUCUCCUAUCCUCACAAAUCAACGUCCAGGAAUACAGGUCCCCCUCGAGCCACCAAUGAUCUCAACAUCAAGAAUUCUCCCAUCAACCCCAACAGCCAGGAAUCCUAGUUUAUUACCUGCAGUGAGUACUAAUGUACAUGUAACAGCACCUAACGGUAAAUCUGAAUCUACAUUAGCAUGUGAAGUACCUCAGCAAUCACAGAGGGUGCAAAACAUUCAGCUGACUUCAUGCUCUCCCUCUGUAAGCAGAAGUGCCAGUGAGAAAAAACUUCCGUAUCAACGUGGUCAUGCACGUAAUCAUUCUCUUGGCAAUGACCUUCCUCAUAGAGGCCCCCUGUUCUUCAAAGGUCAUACGAGGAAUCGAUCACUGGGGAGCGUUUCUGGGCCUUUUCAACCACAACAUGAGAGCUCUCGCCAACCAUCACUGGGAAACCUGUCAAUAGCUUCUGCUAGCUCUUUCGUUACGAAUUUGCAGUCCCCUGUUUCACCUCAAGCACCCAUCCCCGAGACUGGCUAUGAUUUUGCUUCACAUUUCAACAUCUUCUCUCAGUACACAGCCAAUAUGGCGCUGCAAUAUUGUUCUGUUGAUGACAGUGAAACGGAACCAGAGCAUAGUGUGCCCACGGUCUGGUGUAUGGGGACUUGGAACGCUACUGUUGCUGUCGGAUGUGGAAACGGACAAGUUGAGGCAUGGAAUGCUGACACUGGUUCAUUGAUAUUCUGCCUGAACCUUGGUACAGUCGGUGUGACAACCAUCACCAUCAACUCUCAAGGGAUAUUUACUGGUCACAUGGAUGGAGCAGUUAAUCUGAUUGGCCACAAUGGUAUUUUGCAAAAGACUGACCGUAUGCACACUAAAGCAAUUAGCGUCCUUCGGUGUUAUGAUGACCGAGUAAUUGUUGGUAGCCAGGAUUCUAUUGUGAGUGUGUUGAGAAGAAUGGACCUCAUGCCAGUCAGCACUUUACAUGCCCACUGUGGCAACAUCAGAGACAUCUUGUGCAUAGACGGCCCCACCCAUGGCUGUGUGUCGGGCUGCAGUAAGGGCCUCAUUAUCCACUGGGACAUGGAUACUGCAGAGCUUAUCCAUGACUAUGGCGAGUUUGAAGGAGGUGUAAUCAAGUUGGGAUCUGCCGGCUUAUUGGUUGUUGCUCUUUUGACCGAUUGUAUACGAGUGUGGGACUGCAUUGAGGGGGAGGCACUACACAAGAUAUCACUGGAUGGACUGUGUAAUGACUUUGCUGUAAUGGGAUCAAAAUACGUCGCAGCAAGUCUUGAGUCUCACAUCGUCGUCUAUGAUAUUGAUUCUGGCAGGAAGCACUCUGAGCAGUACUUGCUACCGGACCGAGCUACAUGUAUGACUCUCAUCAGCCAUGUGGCUACACUGGAUGAAGCUAGUGUUGUGUGCAGCAGUGGCAAGGACUUGCACAUUGUGCCUUGUCAGGUUAAGCUGAAAUUGGACUAGCUCUUGUCUUAUUUAUAAUCACAUGACCGUACUCUUAUCCCCUUUAUAUUUUUGUAUAUAAUUAUUUGUAUUAUUGAAAAGUAUAAAGUACAAACAAAAGA